GCCGUGGUAGCCCCAACAACUAGACUACAGGUCCCAUAUCUUCCCUGUCUUUGUGGCUUAUGGGAAUUGUCGUUCUGUUGUGAGUUCAAAAUGACCGACCAAUUGUUUUGCUUGAAGUAAAGGACUUGAAAUUUGGACAAAAGAAAAUCCAAUUUAUCUCUAACUCAGGAACACAUAAAAAGACAGCUCGUUCGUGAGAAAAUGCUGCAGGCUUGUUCUAGCUGUUCCGAGGUACAAGGAAGAGAAACUUGAUGGGAACACGCUCUGAGCCAUAGUUCACUGAAACCAGGUGCAGGAGGUCGGGGUUAGGGGUGGAUCCCGUUGAUUUCUUUUGGCAGUGGGGUUAAUCCAAGUUACGUCAUGUAUCGUUUACUAUUAAAUGCAACAGCUCUGCACGGGGUUUGUUCGUCUUUGAAGCACUCGACAUGAUCGCUGUCUUCCCUGAGAUGGCCACCAUGAAGUUUCCUGUAGUUCUAACUUUCGUCCUCGCAACUUCUGUUUUGUUGAUCUCUGUUUCUGCAGACUUGGUGGGUAAGUAGAAGUGAAAUGCUGUCUUUUAAAUAAUGAAAUCACCUACAAUUAUUACCAAGCAUUGCUUUUAGACAAUAAACUGUCUGUGAUAAGUUCAUACUGCUACUGACAGGUGGUAUUUCAGAGUUGUCAAUCCUUCGUGCCACACUCUCGUGCUGGGCUAUAGUUGUGUUAUAGUUACACUUUCAGCCACAGUGGACAGUGGCACACCAAACGGUGUCAAAGGUAAUAAUACAGCACCAGAGACCCACGCAAGACACAACAUUCAUUUUUGGCUUAAUUUUUCUAAUGGUUCUAAAGCUGUUGUCAGAUAGGGGAGACCGGGGAUGGUUGUAACAUUUUUGAUAUUUCUGUCUGUAUCUUAGAGCUCUUCAAAGCCAAUGCAUUCAAACUGUGAUACAAACUAGGUUUAUGUGUCUGCUAUUGAAGACUGUAGCAGAUACCCCGGCAACACAAACAGACUAUGCAUAAUUUAGUCUCAAACAUAAGUAGUGAAAUGUUACAAUUCACCCAAGAAGCUUUUUAUUUAACAUUUUAAAGGCUUUUUAACAUAACUGGUGUGUGUUUGUUUGAGCAUAUAUGUUAGUUACUGCCAGUCCUAGAAGUGACUGACGACUGAACAUAAUACAACCAUAGACUAUAUAUACUAUGGACAACUUGGUUCCGCCUCCCGACUGUAUACGGAUUUGAAGCCAAAUAGCUCUCUGUAUUUCCGCAAUUUUUCUUCAUUUCCUGAAACCAGCAUUGUGCAGUAGCAUUGUGCGCAUUCAGCGGGAGAGUAGCUGUGAUGACACUCGGCUCAAACAGCGUAUCCCCCAGGCGAGCUACGCAAUCCCUGAAUGCCAGUAAGCUAAAUCAGGUGUCAAUCAAAGAAAACAUGACCCCCCUAAUAACUUUUAAAAACUGAGCUUCAUAGAAAAAAGAGGACUUGAGCACAAACCAGUCUUACAGUAACUACAUGUCAACAUCACAAGCAGGGGGGAGAAAAAAUUAUGUUCUGUGUAAUAAAUUUCUGAAGUUUGUCCACAUCUCUAUAAGCUUUGCUGGCGGAGGCGGGAUUUAUGACCUAUACUGCAGCCCAUCACCAGAGGGUGCUGUUCUUAGAGUGGCUUCACCCAGCGAGGAGGCAGACUCUGUCCAUUCUAUAUACAGUCUAUGAAUACAACUGAACAAAAUGUUGCCCCAACUGAAUAUUGGUAGGCUAUGUGUGUGUGUUUGCAGUGGCUUCAACAGUUACACAGCAGUGUGUGUGUGUGCCUUAUAUUAACAUUUGAAUAUAAUACACUGAACUAAAUGUUGAGGUAUCCCCCGGUCAGUCUUUCUCUUCCAAGACUAGGCAUACUGAAUUUUAAAGAAAACGUAAAGAUAGUUUAAAGUUUGCUUGGGGGAGGUUGUAACAUUUUUUAUUGUUGUUACAUCUAACCCAGACCCUUGUCACCAGGAAGUAGCUUAGUUUACAGCUAACAGCUAAAACUUUGGCAUGAACAACUUGCAGGAAAAACAUCGUGAUUUAAGUUAAGUUUGAUGAGUUCAACUACAAAGCAUGCAAUGCUAUCAUAAAAAUAUAUGAAUUAAAAAAAACUACUUUCGUACCUCAAAAUUAGUUUUUUUUUCUCUUAAAAUUGGUGAAGUCUACCACAGGAUCCUACAUGUACACACGUGGAACAAGGACUAAACUAAGCAUGUGCAGAGUGAGUCAGGUGAUUUGUAACUUGUUCCUGAUUGGAGAAAUUGGAAGUGUUAUAAUUGACCUAUGUUACAACCACCCCUGGUCUCCCCUACCGGUAAUCUGAAAAUUAAUAUGGAUGGAAAGGUCUGCUCUUGUUGUCGCAUAGGACUGUAAGAGUGAACCCAAAGUGAAUGUGGUGAUACUGGACUUUGACUCACUGGGGUAAAGAUGGUUUUUAAGUUGAAUAUUCAACAGACAUUCACUCCGGUGGAAACACUUCUUUAUCUAUAAAAACCAAUAAAAAAAAUAUGAAGUUAAAACAAUGCAGCCGUUGAAGAACUUGAAUCCCACACUGAUUUUGAGUCAAUUGAUCGCAUUACCUAGAAGCUAUUGAGCUAAAAUGCAAAUAUUUAUAUAUUAAAAUUAAUUUAAAAAAUUUUGACAUUUAAAAUGUAAAAGUAAAAGGUGUAUCUUAUGCAGCCAGUAGAGUCCUAUGAUCCCACAUAUGUUUUGAGGCAAUUGAUCACAUGACCUGGAAGCUGCAUGAGAUCUGCCUCUUGUUCUCACAUUUCAAACCUGUUCAUAAUUAAUCAUAAAUAUUUGCAUUUUAGCUCAAUAGCUUUCAGGUCUUGUGAUCAAUUGACCCAAAAUCAGUGUGGGAUCAAAGUCCUUUACUGCCUGCAUGAGAUACACAUUUCUCUAGCUUACUGGGUCAUAAUACACACAUAAUCAUUCAGCUCUGAAUUUUUAGUCCUGAGACUCACUCAGUCUUAACUUCGUAUCAGUACCUGAGAUCCAAACAGCCCUUGGAAGUCUGAGAGGUGAAUAUGUGAGUGUAAAAGGAAAGGAAACUGGGGUCCAUGCCUUCCUGGGUGUCCCAUUUGCCAAGCCACCCGUAGGCCCUGCUCUGAGAUUCUCUGCACCUCAGCCUGUGGAGGGAUGGACAGGACUAAAACGUGCCACUAAACAGCCACCCAUGUAAGUCAUCCAUGUAUUUUUAGCUGAUGGACACAGAGCUUAGAAAAAUCACCUUCAAUUAAUGUAAUAUGAUAUCAUGUCUCUUUUUAGGUGUGUUCAACAUAAACCAUUGCUUACUGAUCUUCUUGAAAAACUUGGUGGUAUGGCGGCAGAAAUCCCAGACGUUUCAGAAGACUGUCUUUACCUCAACAUUUACACUCCUGGUGACAGAGCUGUUGAUGCUAAGCUUCCAGUAAGGGUCUUUAACUGCUCAAUUACUGAUAUUCAACCUUGUUAAGUUACCAAAGGAAGUUGGCUUGAUUGUACGAUAGCCUUUCAAAUGAUGCUACUUCUGUUUAGAGUCAGACUGUUCAGUGAUCAGAGUCAAAUUUAAGAUUGUUUCUUUUUUGGUUGGGCAUAUUAUAAUUAAUAUUCUUAUUAGCUCAAAAUUGAUGAAAUGUUCUGUAUGCUGUGUAGAAAAGAUUAAGUGCUUUUAUUAUCUCACCAGGUAAUGGUCUGGAUCCAUGGUGGGGGGUUUACUAUGGGGUCAGCAUCAAUUUAUGAUGGCUCCGCCUUGGCUGCUUACCAGGAUGUGGUGGUUGUUCUAAUCCAGUACCGCCUUGGACUUCUGGGGUUUCUCAGGUAUAAAGAUUUAAGAUACUAAACACAGUUAAAAAUACCAUACUGUGGAAAUAAUGCACAGAUCAAUUUUGGGGGAUCAGCGAUCGACGACCCUUAAGAAACCAAUCUUAUCUACCUCUGCAAAGCUCUAAAAGUCAGCCAUUGUAGCUUUUUGCUCUGCCAGACUGACAGGCCUGCUCACCAAGUCACGUGUGCAUGCACAUGUGUGCCAGCUACACAGGUUAAGAACAGUCACCCAGAGCAUGGUCAACCAAGCAUGUCAUCUGUUUGGCAGUGUUAUACAGUAAAAGAAAAAGGGCAAAGAUUCGCAGUCUGUUAUAUACAGUAUGUGAGGACUGAAAUAAGAUUAGAACAUUGAAGGUGUAUGCUGUCAGUUAUCAGUAUCGGCCAAAAUCAGUAUCCGCAGGUCAGGCUUUAAUGAGUGGUGAUCGGCCAGAAAAUUGUGAUGCACCCCGAGUGGAAACCAUUUGAAUCGAUCGUGCCCGUCCUGGUCUUGUUAAAAAAAGGUAAUCUACAUUCUCAUAUUGGUGAAAUGAAGAUAAAGAAAUAGAUUAAAAAACUUAGCCACUGUUUGCAUUGUAUUAUCAGUGUUUGUGAUAUUGUGUCAAACAGAUUUUCAGAUUGUUUUGUCACUUCACUGGUUAGCGAUAGAGAAUUUGGACAAUUCAUAAAAAGUUGACAUCUUAAAUAUUAAAAUGCAUUGUGUUUCUUGUAAGGGAUUUGUGAGUUAGAUCUAUGCAUCUGUUGAAUUGAGUCUCAAGCAGUAGAAGCCAGAUGACAGCCAUGAAUACAGAUAAAGUCUGUCUGGUUUUGUCACCUGAAAGCCCCGAGACCUGAUGUUCUCUGACCAAGCAGAUAUGACGUGAGCUACAACAUGGUGGCACCUUGUCAUGAUAUGUUCUGGUUUCAGUUUUUCCCUUUUUUUGUGUGUUUCCCUCAAGUGUUUUUACUUUUAGUUCCUUUUUAAUAAAUCAUUAUGUCAUGACUGUCACAAUCCGGAGUAAAAACAAAAGGGAUGGACUCAAAAUGCAGAACCAAAAAGAGGACAUAUUUAAAAGGAACUAAAAGAAAAAGCAAAAACUUACUUUAAAUGUCAAACAGAAAAAUUCCCAAAGGCCAAAAACACAUGAGGCAAAAUUCAAAAGAACCAAAAACCCAAAAUCCAUCAAAAGACACAGGGAGGAAAAAAUCACAAGGAGACACUGGGGACACUGGCAAACAGACACACAGACAUACAACAAUGAACCAACAAGGAAACAGGGGAAGACAAGGGACUAUAUAUACACAAACAGGGAAAUGAGCAACAAGAGGCAGGUGAAACACUGAGACACAGGUGCAGACAAUUACUAAGGAGGGAAAACUGAUGAACUAGACCAGAAACACAGGGAAUAAACUACUUCAAAAUAAAACAGGAAACACUGAAAACUGAUUAAGGAAUAGAACACUGAGAACACGAGGGAACUGUGGUCAGACACAAACUGAAAACUCACAAGACAAGACUACAGGGGAACAGGAACAAUAGGGAACAGAAACACUAGGGAAAAUACACAAAGAAAAUACACUCGAGGGAAACACAAAACCAGGGAAAAACUAAAAACCAGAACAUGUUAUGAUACACCCAUGGGCUGAGGUGCCUCUUGACAAUAUAACAUCAACCCGGCCACAGUUCUUGUAGUCUUUUGAAUGCCUUGGCCUGGGUCUCAGUAAUGCAGUUUUUCUUAAAUUUGACUGUAGUUCAGGGGAGUUUUUGGUCCUUCACUACAGUCGGCCUUUGAGCAGGAAUCAAUGCAAAUAUGCAUUGUCAGAAGAUAUCCAGUUUGGUAUAUUAACACUUGUUCUGAGUUCUCAACAAGAUCUUUUACAUUGUUUGUUCUCAGUUGUGAUUUUCCUGGUGGCCGUUCAAGGACUUGUAGUCAUUUGCGCUGUCUAAUCAACACUGUGGUGCUCAAGCGUUCUCUUAACAUUAGACAGAGACUGUUUAGGAGUUUGUGUAAAGACUAGACUAAAACAGCCAAGGGCAAACCCUGAAGACUUGGGUGUUGGAUGUACCUAAACCAGAUGUACCAGAUCUUAAUGACUACACUCAUUUGAAUGGACAACCCUCAUUUCUGAUGUGCUGUCCUCUAUAAAACACAUCCAACCAAGAAGCAGAUCUGACACAGACACAGCUGGGUUGAGCUCUCUUGUUGUUGUGCUCAAAUAAAUUGGUUUUGAUAAUUUUCUAUGUUAAAAACUUGACAAAUGAAGGAUCAUACUUAUCAUGCAUCACUAAAUCGUGAAUCUGAGUCAGUCAGAGUCUAUUCUUCUUGAUAGUGGCAACAAGUCCAUUGUGAAAGGAUGUCUUGAUGCAACCAUGGCUGGAUCACCAGUUCUGUGUCUCUGCCAUUUCAAGUUAAUAUUACAUUAUGACAUGAUUGUAGCUGUGUAAAACCUCCUACCUGGGGCGUACAAAAUGGUACUCGGUUUUAUUGCUGUUAUGACUUGAACCUUUUACCUUGAGUCUUAUGCUGCUGCAAGUUCUGGUUGGAGAGCCUGUGUUAAAGUCUGAUAAAAAAUAACAUUUGUUUCAUUCAGCACUGGAGAUAAACACUUGUCUGGAAACGUUGGUCUUCUGGACCAGGUACAAGCUCUGAAGUGGAUCCAGCAGCACAUUCACAGCUUUGGAGGCGACCCAAACUCAGUUACAAUAUUUGGAGAGUCUGCUGGUGGAAUGAGUGUGUCCCUACUGGUAAGGAUCAAUUUGUAUAUGUGUGGGUGCAUUUGGUUGAAUCACACACUUAAAACUUAUUUUUCAAGGUUUUUACAGUUCUAUUACUGCAGAGUUUAAACUUGAUUCAUUGUUUUUUUGUGGCUGUCUCCACCAGCUUCUUUCUCCACUGUCUAAUGGACUGUUCCACCGUGCCAUCGCUGAGAGUGGCACUGCUGCAAUGUAUAUAGCUAUCGCAAGUGACCCUCUUCCAAUGGCACAGGUAGAUUGCCAAUAUUCAGUAAAGCUCUACACAACAUUCGAGUGUAUGAAAUAAAAUUCAUAUUUUUUUUCCUCAGAUGGUGGCAAAUAUGUCCGACUGCAGCCUGGACAGCACAGAGAAGAUCAGUGAUUGCAUGAGAAAUCUUGAUCUUGAUAAAAUUUUAACCAUUGGACAGGUGAGUUAUUUAUUAUCAUACAGUUGCUAGAGUUAUUUCUUGGCUUUCUUUGAUGUCUUUUUCUGAAUUUUCUUUAACAAUUGUCAUUCUUUCAAGGACGAAAGAAUAAGGUUUCCUCCAACUAUUGACGGACACUUCCUGCCAAAACCUGUGGAUGAGCUGUUCAACAAGCAUGAACUACUUACCAUACCCUUCAUGACAGGGGUUAACAACGAUGAAGGGGGCUUUUUGCUCGUUGAUGUGGGUAUAAUGCUAAUUUUUUAAAAUAAUUUAUGAAUGACCCAAUUUUUUAUGGAUUUUAAUUUAAACCAGGGGUAAAUUGGUUUUGUGAGUGUGUGAAAUAUUAAUUUCGGCUCUGUCUUUUUUUAGUUCUUUGCACCUAAAAACUGGACAGAGGGACUGGAUUUGGAGUUUAUUGAGAGUAUGCUCUCUCUGUUUGGCCUUGAUCCAGUCACCUCAGAUUUAUUAAUAGAAGAAUACAUGGGAACUGGUGAAGAUCCUGUAAAAAAUAGGAAUGGAUACACUGAGCUGCUUGGGGAUUUGAUAUUCACAAUUCCAGCCAUCAAGACUGCUAAUGCACACAGAGGUAAUUUUUAAACAAUACGCAAAUUGUUAAUAUAAAAAUGUUCUUGAUUUACUUUUGCAGGGCUUAUUAAAUGAGAAAAGAGACUUAUCACAACCAUUUGUUCCCAAUUAGAUGCUGGUGCACCUGUAUACCUGUAUGAGUACCAGCAUCCCCCUCAGUUCCUGCAAGCAAAAAGACCGAGCUUUGUUCGAGCUGACCAUGGAGAUGAAAUCUUCACAGCCCUAGGAUUUUGCUUUACAACCAAACAUGUCACAUUGAAAGAAGGUGAGCACAAUCUAAAUAUAAGAUUUUACACUACUAUAAAUCUGAGUUCAAAGUGUGUAACCAGGUAACUGAUGUUGUAGAUGCAUGCUCUAAAGAGGAAGAACAGUUGAGCAAAACCAUGAUGAGCUACUGGGGAAACUUUGCUCGCACAGGGUAAGAAUCAACCCUCAUUAAAGAUUCAAAUGCAUAUUUAAGACAAACUUAUUUAUGACUUUACCCUGGGUGUGUUUAGAUCUCCUAAUGGGGAAGGCCUCGUUCACUGGCCACAGUAUGGAGCAGAGGAGCACUACCUGAAAAUCGACUUGAAGGAGCAGGUUUCUGGUCAGCACCUGAAGAAGGAGCGGUUUGUCUUCAUGACUCAGAUCCUGCCAGAGAAAGUUGGAAAACACAAAGAGAAGACGGGGCACAGCGAGCUGUAGAGGAGUCUCCUGUCUUUUGAUUAACUUUACACUGACUCCAGUUUAAGAGACCAGGUCAGCUGGUAAUUAGACUUUCUGGGUGAUGGUUGUAAGACUAAAUGGAGAUUAAGUUUUAGGUUCUUAGCCGAUACAGAUUACAAUAUGUGGCCUUUAGGAAAGGAGCUCUUUUCAAAGGUUUAUGAGACUUAACAUAGUGGGGUUAAGAUAUUUUGGCCACUGUGAAAUUUUCUAGACUGCAUUUCUUUUAUUCUGUCUCCUUACAUCUGGUUCCCAUUUUUUCCCACAAUGAUACAUACAGACUCUCUGCACAUGUUAAUUUCUUAUCACUAGUUAACAUAGCUGCACCUCUAAAGAUAUCCUGUUUAUUUCAGUAUUGUCUAUUCCUUUGCUCAUGGCACAAUUGAAUUUACCUUCAGGGAUCAAAUAAAGUCAUUCUUAGUUAUUCUUAAUCAGUAUCUCUAUCUGAAAAAAGUUCUGCACAGGGGCUAAAUUUCUAUUAUCACCAAACAAUUCUACUAUUUUAUCUGACCAGAACUGAUCAAUCUUGACUUAUUGUAGCUUUUGAUGCCAAAUAAAAAAAACAUUUCAGUUUGUCUUCUUCAUCUAGUACCCUCACUGAUAAUGUGGUGUCUUCAGUGUCAGGACUGCAGUAGCUACAAGUCAAAUCACAGAACUUUUCACUUUGCGUAAACACUUUUGAUGACUAACUUGCAAUGUUAUUGUGACAUUUAAUAGAUUCUUUUAUAUAAAGUGACGUACAUACAAGAACAAGAACAACACAAGCAAAGAUCUAGACAAGAGGAAACAAGAUCAGUAAGAGCAACAAGUGCUUCACGUCCAUUUGGACAUAGGUACUACCAUGCAGUGUAAAAGGCAAUACACAACAAUGAAUAGAAUUUUUUUUUCAGUACUAACUUGCUGCUGUCAACGUGGAGUUUGCUGUGCUUACAAGCAUUUCUAUGACUGGCACACAUCUAUUCACAUUUUAUCUGCUAUCUAUUACUUUGACUGGCACAAAUUUCUCAGGUGUAAAAAUUAAAACACUUCUACAUAUUGUCCACCUCUUCGUAACGCAUUUUGCCCUGGGCUCCUAGUAUUGGGCAAAAUGCACCCUACCAACACACUCCUGUACUCAUAGCCUGACACCUGGGGGCUAACAGGUGCCAGAAUCUAACCGAGAGCCGCAGGUUAAACACAGCUGUAGUUAGCAGGUUAUUGUAGCAAAACUGUCUGUUCUUCACAAACAGUUUCUCAUUGAUAACGAUUCAGGUUUUAUUGAGCCACAUAUUUGUAUUUGGGCACAGUAGACCCAAGAACAUGGUUGUGAAACACACCUUGCUCAAGUGGCAUUUAUCCCUAUAAUCCUUGUGUAUUGUUUAUCUUUUGCAGCUGUUUUCUGAUGUUGUGUUUUUCUUUGCAUCUACUGUGUAUUUACAAUUGUACUAUGAUGUUCGCAGCACACUUCUUUUAUCAGUAAUGCAUUUCCUCUGUUAAGUUUGUCUUUGACUGUAGCAUAUAAUUUAAAGUCACAUCAUCUCUGCAUUUGCAUCACAUUUCUCCUCAAGCAGAUGGGCUGUAGCCACUUUAGUUGUUCGCCCUUGACAUGAUGAAUGUGCUCAACUGACAAGUGACUAAGCAACCUCGCAGUAGGUGGGAGUGUCCACAGGAAGCCAAAAAUGCAUGAAAAGAAAGUGCAAACUUAAACACACUAAAAAGGACUGGAUAGAUAUGAAACUUAGAAGUUUGGUGCAGUCACUGUAAGACACACCUAAGAACAGUGCGUGAGGAUGGUGUAAUUAAUACAAAAUAAAGGCUUCAAGUCAGAGAAUAUUUCUUCUAUCAGGAAGUCAUUUAUUUCAACUAGAACUGCAUUCUCUAAAAUGUGACUGAAGACUGUGACAUAAACAUCGUCACUGUGCAUUAGGUCUGGUAAUUGGUUUAGAAAACAGUUACCCUCCAUGGCUCAAAGUUUUAGCUGAUUGGUCUGCUUUCAUAAUUAACAAUACCAGAUCUUUCAUUUAUCAGUAACAGUGGAAUAACUGCUUGAUGGAAACUGUUUGGAAAAUAACAAGUUGGCUGAAAGUUUAAAAUUGUGAAUAAAAACAAAAACAGGAAUUUGAGACUUGAAGAAACAACCUAAAGAAUCUUGUUUGGGGAAAUAUAAAUGCUAAGGUUUCACUGGUGUAAGAGUGAGGAAAACUGAUGAAGAUCGAACCUGCCAUGUAUAAACUGAACCAACAGCAACUUCAACCAAGCAUGAACACUAUGCAUUAUCAGAAGAGAGUAAAAAAAAAGGAAAUUGUAAAA